UGCUGAAGUAAGAUCAGCCUGCAUAAAUGGCUGCUGCUCCGAAUUCACGACGGAAAUCGCUCACGCCGUGCGCAGAGCUGCUGCCCAUGUUCAUGGAACAGGCGACAAACACAAGAACCACCGUGUUGGCCGAGCUACGAUCUCGCAAUCCAAAAGACACCGAGAGCAUAGAGGCGACCCUUUUUCCUUCGGAGUCGCCGAAACUCGACAUGUUUGCCGGCGCCAUGCAGGCCUUCCUGGAGACCUACGGCUUCUUGGGACUAAGCCUGGACGUCUACAACCCUUCCAGCAAACUUGACAGUAGUAACCAUUACAUGCAAAUGAUCAAGGGUCUGAAACCAGGCUUGUCCCAGCACAAGUACUUACUGGCAGCGAAUGUGUAUUUCACCAAAGGUUUCAACGAUGGACUUGACUACAAAGAACUCGUGAAAAACGUCGACAUACUUAUCAUGGGCACUCACAACCUGAUCAAGGAUGACAAGAUAACUGCAUUCCCGAGCCCUCUGUACGGGCCGAAGCCAAGCGACAUCUCUUGGGUGCGUCCGAACAACUGUCACCCGCGUGCUGCGAUUUGAUCGGUUCUUAAGGGACACCUAAGAGCGACUGCGAAACUGUUUAUAGCAGUGAAAUAUUGUUUAGAAACUCUAGUUUAAUUCAUUUGGCGGUAAAGUGCUGGAGGAUUCUGCCUUAGGCCUAUACGUACAGCCUAUGUAUAUACGUGAGGCACAAGGCUCUCUUUCUUCAGAUUUGCCAUCCAAUACCUUCUCUGCGUCUAAGACAAUGUAAAAUAAAUAAAUAAAUAAAU